AUGGCUGAUAACAUGAAGACCACUAACUACCACACUUUCUUGCCAACCAAAGCUCAAGAAGAGGAGGCAAAAAGGGCAAACAAUCCUGGGAAUCGAGAAAGACGCGUUCAAGUUGAAAUCAGAGAGCGUUCACCGCAACCAUUUAUAUUGGAGUCUAGCGAUCCAAAUCUAACAACACCACCACAAACAAAGGAUCUUCUUCGUUCCUAG